AUGUGUGGGGCCACUGCCCCCCGCUGCUGCUUCCACAGACAGAUAUAUCCGGGGAGGCUGAACAGGACCCCCCUCCAGGUAACUUGUAGAUCCACAGGUCCCGCAAGGAGAAAGAGAAGUUCCGGCAGUGGGUCCGGCCAAUGUGAACUCCGGGCGGGGGUGUUGGAAGGAAACUAUCCGCGGAUCCAGGCGGCUCGUCCCCCCGCCAAACAAUUCCUCUUGCCGUGUGAAUGCGCUGCUCCCGCACACUGGCCCUUCCUCUCCCACUGCUGCCCCCUCCUCUUCCUCCGGGGGCUGGAACUGCCUCCCCCCGCCCUGUGCGCUCUCCCCUCCUUCCUGCAGCCCGGCUCCCUGUGCCUGCUCUCUCCGUACCCCUGCCUACCGGGACAAGGCCGCCCUCCAACCCCGAACCCUCCUCUUCCUGCGCAAACAUCCCAUGGAGGGAAAGCGCCAAUCACUCGCCCAUCUACCCUCCCCUCUCCCUCUGCUACCGCUGUGCUACUCCCACAUCCCCCCAAACUGCCUCCGCUAACUGGGGGGGCUGCAACCCUGAGAGACCUGCAAAACUGCAUAAACAUUCUAUACAAAUGCUUCACCCUAGUGACAACCAGCGGAGAGCCCUGGGGGGUUCAGCAAUGCACUUACCUGUGGGACGGCAAGUGUUUGGAGGAAUGCGGCAAUGGAAGGAAUAGAUGCCAUUGGCACCUAAUGACUCAUUACUCGGAGAUCAGCAUUCCAAUGGCAGUGAAGUCAUUCAGCAGCCGGGAGUUGUAAGCCUCACAUGUCCACAGCGGCAUCUCCAAAAAUAACUGCUGGAAGCCACACAGAUCACUUUGUCCAGGAUAGACAUCCAAUUCACACGCCAUAAGGCUUGGGGGGGGGGGGUCAGGAGGGAAUGUUACUAAUGAAAGUGAAUGCUUAUUGCUAAUGGCUGACAAAUAUUAAUAUCGUCCACGGGCAGUUUUGAUCAGUCAGUUUGUGGGUAUUAGUAUAUAUCAGGGACGUCCAACCUGCAGCUCUUCACCUGCUAAACGACUACAAUAUCCCCUGAGCUGAUGAUGGGACCUGAUCUGCCCUAUAACUGUCUUGUAGAGGUCAUAAAGCCAGUCAGGCAUAGCCAUUACCCCAUGCCUUGUAGGGGUUGUUCACCUUUAAAUGUACAUUUACUAUGACAUAGGCAUUAAUAUUCUGAGACAAUUGCCAAUUCCUUUUGAUUUUUUCUCUUUUUGUGGUUUUUCAGUUAUUUCAAUUUUUUGUUCUGCAGCGCUCCAGUUUGGAAUUUCAGCAGCUAUCUGUUUUUUUAGGGCCUUGUUUAGCUGAGCAGCCAGGCGGUGGUUUGAAUGGCAGACUGGAAUAUAAGGAGAGGGACUGAAUUAUAAGGAAUACAAUAUAAGAAUAAUAAUAAAAUUGUUGCCUCACA